AUGCGACCAGUUCUCCGGGUCUCACGAGCGCUACCGGCUCCCGUUUGCCGUCCCCAGGUCUCGCGCACUAUCCUGUCUCGCGGUGCUAGACUGAACAGUUCCAAUGCCGGAAAUGCAGAGAAGACAGAGAACACAAAAGAGAGCAAUUCCAGCUCUUCUACGAACACUCCUCCCUCGGCCUUUUGGACUCCGACCAAGGCUCUCCUCGUCUCCGCAUUUGCUGCGGGGUUAGGCUACGGCGUCUCCUCAUAUACCCAGACAUCAGCACAGACAUCCAAGAAGCCCCAAUAUGGCUCAGCAAAGGACUUUGAAAAGGCCAUCAAUGAGCUAAGAACAAAGCUCGGCGAAGACACAAUCAGCACCGAAGAAGACGAACUCCAGCAACACGGUUUCUCGGAAUGGUCCAGUCUAAACGCCGAACGUCUGCCCGUCGCAAUCGCAUACCCAAAAUCCACACAAGAAGUCUCCGAGAUCGCCAAAGUAUGCAACAAAUACCGCAUGCCGAUGAUCCCCUACUCCGGCGGCUCGAGUCUGGAAGCCAAUUUCUCCGCCCCGCACGGCGGAAUGACAAUCGACUUCGCUUUCAUGAAUAAAGUCCUGGAAAUCCACCCAGAUGACAUGGACAUCGUCGUCCAGCCCUCCAUCCAGUGGAUGGAUCUGAACGAGCAGAUCAAGGAUACGGGAAUGUUCUUCCCCGUCGACCCAGGCCCAUCCGCCAUGAUCGGCGGUAUGGUCGGCACAAACUGCUCUGGCACAAAUGCUGUCCGAUACGGAACCAUGAAGGACUGGGUCAUUAACCUGACCGUCGUCCUGGCUGAUGGUCGCAUCAUCAAGACCCGCAGACGUCCCCGCAAGACUUCCGCGGGAUACAAUCUCACGGGCAUGUUUGUUGGUUCCGAAGGUACGCUCGGCAUUGUUACUGAGGCUACGUUGAAGCUGGCACCCCUUCCGGAGCAGACUCGUGUUGGUGUUGUCGCGUUCCCGACUAUUCGUGAUGCGGCUUCGACCGCCAUGCAGCUUAUUCGCAAGGGUGUCUCUGUGCAGUGCAUGGAGAUCAUGGAUGAUGUUCAGAUGGACGUUAUCAACCGGGCCGGUGGAACAGGCCGUGAAUGGAAGGUCUCUCCUACGCUGUUCUUCAAGUUCUCCGGAACUGUCGCUGGUGUCGCCGAUAGUAUCGACCUGACGACAAAGAUUGCUCAAAGUAACAAUGCAGAGUCUUUUGAAUUCGCGCGUGAUGACCGUGAAGCUCAUGAUUUGUGGUCCGCACGCAAGCAGUCGCUGUGGAGUAUGUUGGCGCUACGCAAGGAGGGAUCAGAGGUCUGGUCGACUGAUGUGGCUGUGCCUAUUUCCCGACUGCCUGAUAUCAUUGAAAUCUCUAAGAAGGAAUUGGUCGACCUAGGCCUUUUCGCCAGUAUCCUUGGCCACAUUGGCGAUGGAAACUUCCAUGCAAGCAUCAUGUAUGACCGCAACGAUCCUGCCGAGAGGGCACGGGUAGAGAAAGUAGUUUACGAUAUGGUUGAUCGUGGCCUUGAAAUGGAGGGCUCGUGCACGGGCGAGCACGGCAUUGGGCUGGGCAAGAAAGGAUCUUUGAAGAAGGAAGUUGGACCGGAGACAAUUAAUGUCAUGCGCAGUAUCAAACGCUCAUUGGAUCCACACUGGCUGCUGAACCCUGGCAAGAUCUUUGACUACGAUGACGAGACUCCGGGUCCAGGACAUUGA